AUGAAAGUUACACCAUUAUCAUUAAAACUUGUAAUAUAUUUUUUUCUUGUUAACAGUGUACAGUUUUCAAUAGAGUUCUCUUAUAAUAUUCCAAUUAUUAAUUUAUUUUUCAUUAACAAUUAUUCUUCUUUAACAGACGAAUCAAUUCAAUAUGACUCUCUUGCACAUUCUGUUAUUAAAAUGACUAUAGGCCCAAUUAUUGGGUUUUUUUUACAACCAAUUAUAGGUGCUCUUAGUGAUCAUGCUUCAUUUAGCUAUGGAAGAAGAAGACCAAUAAUGAUUUUAGGACUUGGUAUUUGGUUUAUUGGAAGUUUUGGUACUUUAAUUAGUUCUAUUUAUCCAUUACUUCCUGUAACUCUAAAAACAAUAAAUGUUAAUGAACUAAAUGGAUUAAGUCUUUGUGAUGGUUUAUUUGUUAUCUUUCAAAUUAUUGUUGCAAUUGGAAUCAAUUUAAUUCAAGUCUCAUAUCGUUCAUUUGUAUUAGAUCAAUUUGAUUGGAUUGAUCAAACACGAGUAACACUAAUUGGUUCUGUAAUGUUAGGGUUAGGUAAUAUUAUUUAUUAUGGAAUAACUUCAAUUAUUUGUUUAAUAUAUUUAACACAACCAAAUCAUGACAAAAUAUUUUUAACAAAAGCACGUUUAAUAACAACCUUUUGGUUAAAUGUGAUAUCGUUAUUUGUUAUGCCAAUAACAGUUUAUUUAUUCUGUCAUUUUGUUAAUGAAUCACCAUAUCCAUCUGGUAAUAUUUUAUUUAAAGAACAUAUUCAGAAUAUCUGGACUUCAAUAAAACACAUUAAUAAAAAUAUGUGUUUAAUUCUUAUUGUAGUAUUUGUUGGUUGGUUUGCAUGGACACCAAUUAAAGAAAAUACACAAUUGUAUUUCAUGUAUUAUGUUUUUGAAGAUAAACAAGACUUAUCAUUCCUUUAUUUCAAUUUCAAUAGACUUUUGUUUGGAAUUACUGUUGUAAUAACUGGAUUGAUUCUGUUUAUUAUUAAUAAAAAACCUAUUCUUACAAUGUUUUCUUUUAAUAUUAUAACUGGGUUAUGUGCUAUUAUUUAUUAUAUCCCACGUUCAUCAUUUAAGAAUGAUACUUUACAAUAUUUUGUUUCACUUUUACCUCUUAUCUUUUCUGGGUUAUGUUAUUGUCAAUUAACUUCUUUACCAUAUGCUUUAACAAGAAAAGUAGUAAAAACUGAUGACUUUGGAUUUUUUGUAGGAUUGGUUAAUAAUUCAUUAACUCUUUCUCAGUUAUUAUCACAACUUAUUUCAAUCAUUAUUAAUAUUUCAAUAAAUAAAGACUCUAAUGAUUCUUCAGAAUCUAUUAAUCAAUACCAUACUAAUUAUUAUAUGUUUAUUGUUUGUCCUACUUUUCUUCUUUCUGGAAUAUCAAGUUUAUUAUUUAUAUUUGUUAUUAAAACACCAGAUCAAAAUAGUAAAGCUAUGGACCAAAAUGAAACUACUCAACUCAUGAAAUAA